UAUAGGAGUAGGACAGUUUUGAGCCGGCUACCGAUGGGAGUGGUCGUUCACGAUGGCUGUUAGAGUUUUGUGUGGCAAGAUCUUACGUCGUUGUGUCAGUGGAACAAAUGGAAGAUGCAUGUCUCAUUAUCCUAUAGAUGAGCAUAUAUUUGGACUGUCAAGUGAACAGCAACAGCUUCGUCAAAUGAUUUUCGAUUUCGCACAAAAAGAAUUGGCGCCAAAAGCAGCAGAAAUUGAUAGGACGAACAACUUUACUGAAUUAAGAGAAUUUUGGAAGAAACUAGGAAAUCUUGGAGUUUUAGGCAUAACUGCAAGUCCGGAGUAUGGCGGAUCAGGGGGAAAGUAUUUAGACCACUGCGUUAUUAUGGAAGAAUUGUCAAGGGCUUCAGGAGCCAUAGCGCUAUCGUACGGCGCGCAUUCAAACUUGUGCAUCAAUCAGAUAAAUAGAAACGGAACACACGAACAGAAGGCUAAAUAUUUACCUAAGCUAUGUUCAGGGGAGCAUAUGGGAGCUCUGGCGAUGUCCGAACCCGGUGCGGGCAGUGACGUGGUCUCCAUGAAGCUACGCGCCGAAAAAAAGGGGGACUAUUACGUGCUCAAUGGCAACAAAUUCUGGAUAACGAAUGGCCCAGACGCUGACGUUUUAGUUGUUUACGCUAAAACUGAUUUAACAAGCAAACCUCAACACGGAAUUUCAGCUUUUUUGGUCGAAAAAGAUUUCCCCGGUUUCUCUACCGCCCAGAAACUCGACAAACUCGGAAUGAGAGGCUCCAAUACUGGCGAAUUGGUAUUUGAAGAUUGUAAGGUGCCGGCAGCUAAUCUAUUGGGUAAAGAGAACAAAGGUGUGUACGUGUUGAUGUCAGGGUUGGAUCUGGAGCGUCUGGUGCUAGCCGGGGGUCCCGUCGGUCUCAUGCAGGCGGCCAUUGACGCUGCUUUCUCAUACGCUCAUACUAGGAAACAAUUCGGAAAGAAUAUUGGAGAAUUCCAGUUACUACAGGGUAAAAUGGCGGACAUGUACACGAUAUUGAGUGCCAGCCGGAGCUACUUAUACAGCGUGGCGCAGGCCUGCGACGCGGGCCACGUCAACAGCAAGGACUGCGCGGGCGUCAUCUUGUACUGCGCGGAGCGGGCCACACAACUCGCCCUGGAUGCUAUACAAAUAUUAGGAGGCAACGGUUAUAUCAACGAUUAUCCAACGGGAAGAAUACUUAGGGACGCUAAAUUAUAUGAAAUAGGUGCAGGCACAUCUGAAGUGAGAAGAAUGCUUAUAGGAAGAGCAUUGAACAGCGAAUAUAAAUAAAGAAUAAUGAUAUGUUGAUACAUAAAAGUUUAUUUUUCAAUUUAUUAACAAAUAACUGCACUGUUUCGUUAUUAAGGUUACAAAAAUUAUAUUUUAUAAAUACCUACAAGGUAAUCCUUGUAGAUAUGUAUACUAUCUGAUGUGUGAUUUUAAUCUCGUACUAUUUUGCUACUUGAAACUAAUAUUGUCUUUUGUUCCUCAAUUUAACUAUUUCGUAGCAUCAAAAAUUGCUUGUUACGAAUCAAUCCAAGUUCUGUGAUUAUUCCACCAAUAUGUUGGGUAGUCAAAAAAACACUUAAGCAAAUAUAGUUUACAUAGUUCAUUUACAUUUGCAGCUAGAUUCGUCAUUGUUCGUUGUGCCAUCCAGGAUUCCGUAAUCAUUUUUCGAUUAACAAAGGAAGUGCAGCAAACGAAUCGGUUUUGCUUUGAAAUGUAACUCGUGGGGCAAUCGUAAACAUGAAGUGAUUAUGAAUCAAGUCAAUAGUUUCGUAAUAAUCCAAAUUUUUCAGGAUUGAAUGGCUACGUCAAUAACUAUCCAACAGGAAGAAUACUCAGGGACGCUAAAGUGGGUGAAAUUGGUGCGGGAACGUCUGAAGUGAGACGACUGAUUAUAGGAAGAGUCUUAAAUAGAGAAUAUAGAUAAAAGAACUUAUAAAUAAUUAUUUCACUUCUAUCCCAUUUCACUUAAAAUAUCUUUUUGAAUCUCAAUAAUUUCUGCGUAAUAUUUUUAUUCGCACAUUCUGGUACAACCAUGCACUCCACAUUUCCCUUUGCCUUUUGCCUUUACACUGACCAGCACCGCAAGCUGUUGUGACGUUCAGCAUAUCUUCAAAAAGUGUUUUAUGCCUUAAUAUCUUUAAUCUUUCUUUGCUUAUUAGAAUUUUCACUCUUUGGAAUUUAUAGAACAGUUUCUUGAAAUCGAUUUUAGAAUUUUUUUGUCCAAUUUCUAGUUCACAGGGCGAUUGGUGUUCCAUUGUUAUCAUAUUGGUUAUCAUUAUCACAUGUUGGCUGUAGUAUGUGUUGAUUUUUAAACAUUUUGUUUUGGCAAUAAUUUUAAGGCAUGCUUCACAAAAAAGUAGGUACUUUCUAAUUCUAUUCUUUCAGCACUGGUAUUUUCUAUAUUAACAGGUAAGUUGACUAAAGUUUCCUUUUUGCAAUUUAUAUUUGCACAUGUCAAAAAGAUUUCAGCUUCACCAUAAGAAUGCAUAAUGAAACCACAAAUUAAAAGUAAACUGGGGAUUAAGAAAAAGCCAUAAUUUCUUAAAUAGUAGACUAUUUCAGGACAGUUUCAAUCCGAGCAAAUAAUAUGUAUUUGCUAAUGUGAUCCAAUUAAUAUGAUUUUCCGAUCACUAUUUGUAUUGACUUGUAAUUAUUUUUUACAUACUGUUGUGUAUUCUAUAAU